AUAAAAUAAACAGAACCAUAACUAGCUAACUGUUAGCCAAAUAUAUGGAAUAUAUUUAUAUAUCUACUUUAACGUUAGCUAGUUAAGAAUAUCAUUGCACAUUUAGCUUAUGAAAGAAACGUAACCAAGGAGUAUAUACUAUCCUGUAAAGUUUGUCUUUAGAAGUGACGUUUGUUUCCCAGUUACGCAACUCGGGUGUAAGAUGAGUGGAGAGGGUUCUGCUCACAGCUCCUGCAGAGGAGGGCAGAGGGGAGGGGGAUGGAGGGGAGGAGGAGGGGGGAGGGGGGAGGGAAGACCAUGGAGAGGAAACUCACGCCCCAGUGCUCAAAGAGGGUCCUCUCAGUCCCGUGUGUCUCAGACCACCCUGGACAGACUCUCUCCCUAUAAAGGCUGGGCCCUCUACUUCACUGAAGGUUUCAUAGAUAGUUCUCCGUAUGUGGAGAAGAUCAAAGUGUUUGAACAGUACUUCACCUCACAGAUACACCUCUAUGACAAAGAUGAGAUUGAGCGUCAGGGCAGUGUGUUGGUGGACUAUAAGGCUCUUGUUGAGGAUAAGGAGGUGUGUAUGGCUCUUCCGGACCUGUCCAAUCAGCUGAGAGAACAACCAGAGACCACCCUCAACUGUCUGGGCCUCGCCAUACACCAGGUUUUGACGAUGGACUUGGAGAGACACGCUGCAGAGUUACAGGGGGAAGGGCUAUCUGGGGGAGCCACACCCAUCAUUAACAUACCCCACAUCAGCGCCAGGUUGUAUAACUAUGAGCCAUUGACAGCCCUGAGGACGCUGCGUGCGAGUGUGUUUGGUCGGUUGGUGUGUGUGAGGGGGACCGUGGUACGUGUCAGCAACAUCAGACCACUCUGCACACGCUUGGCUUUCACCUGCUCCGGCUGCUCACACACACACACACUCACCCUGCCACACGGCAAGUUCACCACGCCCACCAAGUGUGUGCAGCCACAGUGUCGCAGUCGUUCUUUCGUCCCCAACAGGAGCUCCCCUCUCACCCUCACUGUUGACUGGCAGAAUAUCAAGGUCCAGGAGCUGAUUGGAGGAGAGCAGAGGGAGGCAGGGCGGAUCCCUCGGACGGUGGAAUGUCACCUGACCUCUGACCUCUGUGACAGUGCGGUCCCUGGAGACACCGUUACUAUUACUGGAACAGUCCGAGUCAGCCAAGAUGACGGCGGCAGCAGGGGGAAGAAGGAUAAGUGUAUGUUCCUGCUCUACAUUGAGGCCAACUCCGUCAGCAACUCUAAAGGUCAGAAAGUGAAGGAGGCUGGAGGUCAGGGGUCAUCUGGAGGUGAAAGGUCAUCGGGGAUAGAGUUCUCUUUGAAGGAGCUGUACGCCAUCCAGGAAAUACACAGCCAACCUGAUCUACUGAAGCUCAUCGUACACUCCUUGUGUCCAGCCAUCUAUGGCCACCUGCUAGUAAAAGCAGGCCUGUCCUUAGCGUUGUUUGGAGGCAGUCAGAAGCAUGCUGAUGAUAAGAACAGGAUUCCCAUCAGAGGAGACCCUCAUAUACUGGUGGUGGGAGACCCUGGCCUGGGGAAGAGUCAGAUGCUACAGGCGGUGUGUAAUGUGGCUCCCAGGGGGAUCUAUGUGUGUGGUAACACUACCAGUACGUCAGGGCUGACCGUUACUCUGUCCAGAGACGCCGGCUCUGGAGACUACGCACUCGAGGCUGGAGCUCUGGUACUAGGAGACCAAGGGCUGUGCUGUAUAGAUGAGUUUGAUAAGCUGGGCCAUCAGCAACAAGCGUUACUAGAGGCCAUGGAGCAGCAGACCAUCAGUCUGGCUAAGGCUGGUCUGGUGUGUUCCCUACCUGCUAGGACCUCUGUUAUCGCUGCUGCUAACCCUGCUGGAGGACACUACAACAGGGCCAAGACGGUCUCCGAAAACCUCAAGAUGGGCAGUGCCCUCCUUUCGAGGUUUGACGUGGUCUUCCUCCUAUUGGAUGUUCCUGAUGAGUCUCAUGACCGCCGGCUGUCGGAACAUGUCAUGGCCGUCAGGUCAGGGAAGGGAGGGGCUUCAGGUGCCGUGGUUACACGAGGAGACUACCAUCAAUCACAGAGCUCGCUGCUGGAGCCCUCCGACACACCUCUUUCUGACCGGCUGCAGGUGUGUCCAGGGGAGUGUGUAGACCCCAUCCCCCACUCCCUGCUGAGAAAAUAUGUUGGUUAUGCCCGUCGCUACGUUCAUCCCUCGCUCUCUACUGCCGCUGCCCAGACGCUCCAGGACUUCUACCUCUCCCUACGCUCACACACACACCCCGUCGACAGCACACCCAUCACCACACGCCAGCUGGAGUCCCUCAUCCGCCUCACAGAGGCACGGGCGAAGCUGGAGCUCAGAGAGACAGCCACCAAGAGUGACGCUGAAGACGUAGUGGAGAUCAUGAAACACAGUCUGGCAGAUACCUUCUCUGAUGGUAGUGGAGGUCUGGACUUUGAGCGGUCAGUACUGGGUGUUGGGAUGAGUCAGCGUUCGGCUGCCAAGAGAUUUAUCACUGCGCUCAACACACACGCUCAGCGCACACACACCCUGUUGUACGACCUCACACAGCUACGCAGCCUGGCCAAGGACCUCAACAUACAGGUUGCAGACUUUGAAGGUUUCAUCAGUUCUCUGAAUGAACAAGGCUACCUGCUGAAGAAAGGACACAGACAGUACCAGCUACAGACUAUAUAACACACAAACAUAAUUUAAAGACCUGCUGUUACAUAAUGCAAUACACAUGUUUUGUAAAGAAUUGGUUGUUUUAUUUGUGAAUUCUUCCAAUACUGAGAUGUAUAUCUGUACAGUACCAGUCAAAAGUUUGGACACCUACCCAUUCCAGGGUCUUUAUUUAUUUUUGACUAUUUUCUACAUUGUAGAAUAAUAGUGAAGACGACAUCAAAAUUAUGAAAUAACAAAUAUGGAACCCUGUAGUAAAUAAAUAGUGUUAAAUCACAAUAUAUUUAAGAUUCUUUAGUAGCCACCAUUUGCCUUGAUGACAGCUUUGCACACUCUUGGCAUUCUCACCAGCUUCACCUGGAAUACUUUUCCAACAGUCUUGAAGAAGUUUCCACAUGCUGAGUACUUGUUGGCUGCUUCUUCUUCACUCUGCUGUCCAACUCAUCCCAAACCAUCUCAAUUGGGUUGAGGUCAGGUGAUUGUGGAGGCCAGGUCAACUGAUGCAGCACUCCAUCACUCCUUCUUGGUCAAAUAGCCCUUACACAGCCUGGAGGUAUGUUGCGUCAUUGUCCUGUUGGAAAAACAAAUGAUAGUCCCACUAAGCGCAAACCAGAUGGGUUGGCGUAUCAGUGCAGAGUGCUGUGGUAGCCAUGCUGGUUAAGUGUGCCUUUGAUUUAUUUAGAAUUUGACUGUUUAACCAGCAAAGCACCCCCAGACCAUCACACCUCCUUUUCCAUGCUAAACGGUGGAAACCACACAUGCGGAGAUCAUGCUUUCACCUACUUUGCGUCUCACAAAGACACGGCGGUUGGAACCAAAAAUCUCCUAUUUGGAAUCCAGACCAAAGAACAGAUUUACACUGGUCUAAUGUCCAUUGCUCGUGUUUCUUGGCCCAAGCAAGUCUCUUCUUAUUGAUGUCCUUUAGUAGUGGUUUCUUUGCAGCAAUUUGACCAUGAAGGUCUGAUUCACAGUCUCUGAACAGUUGAUGUUGAUGUGUCUGUUACUUGAACUCUGUGAAGCAUUUAUUUGGGCUGCAAUUUCUGAGGCUGGUAACUCCAAUGAACUUAUCCCCUGCAGGUAACUCUGGGUCUUACUUUCCUGUGGCGGUCCUCAUGAGAGCCAGUUUCAUCAUAGCGCUUGAUGUUUUUUUUUGCGAAAUAUUCCAGAUUGACUGACUUUCACCUUGAGUAAGUAGGUGUGUCCAAACUUUUGACUGGUACUGUAUAUUAAUAUAUAACGGGUUAAUACAUAAUGAAUCUGUUUGAAUAUGAAUUCCUGACCAAUGUUAAUGUAUUUUGACUAUUUGUAUUGUGCAAAUCUUAUUUAACUGCUCUGGGGACGAAUGUGAUAAAAUAAAUAAGCUAGAAAUAUUA